AUAACCACUAAUAUCACCACCACCAAGAUCACGACCAAUAUCACUUGCACCACCACCAUUGCCUCCGCUAACAUCACCACCAACUGAUGAUGCUACUGCCGACGCUGCUGCUGCUGCUGCCUCCGUGCGCACUUGCGGCUGGGCUCGCCUCCUCCGCUUCCCACCACCAGCACCACCUCUCCAACGGCGCUGCCCCUGCUGCCCCGCCGCAGCCUCUUCCUGCUGCUGCUGUCUCUUCUGCGGGACUCAAGAGCUCUUCCUCGGCUGCCCGCGUCGCCAUCGGCUCCCUGCUCAACAUCACCGAUAACCGGGCGAGCCACGGGGCGAGGCGCGGCUCACUGCACGAUUUCGACAAAGCCCAUCUCGGCUGCCGGGAACUGCGCUCCACCAAGUACGUGUCCGACGGCGACUGCACGAGUGUGACUCCGGUGAAGGAGGUGGUGUGCGCCGGGGAGUGCCUGCCCACGGCCCUGCUGCCCAACUGGGCUGGCAGCAGGCACUUCUGGAGGCGGCGAGGGGGCGAGGACGGCUCCGCGUGGCGCUGCGUGGCGGAGCGCUCCCGCACGCAGCGGGUCCGACUGACGUGCGGAAGCGGCGAGACGCGCACCUACCGCAUCCAGGUGGUGGCCUCGUGCAAGUGCAAGCGCAUGGGGCGACAGCAGAACGCGUCCGGCGAGCCCGUGGGCCAGCAGUCAUCAGGAUCAUCGUCGCCUUCGUCGUCUUCGUCGUCUUCAUCGUCGUCUGCCAAUGAGCCUCCCUCGGGGCGACCGGCUCCGGGCAAGAAGGCGAGAAGUUUAUUGUCUGGGAGCAGUAAUGCGGCGAUCGCGUGGGAGGCGCCCGGAUAAAAUGCCAUCGUGGCGGCAGAGCCGACAAACGAACUAUUGAUUUUGUUGGUGAUACUGGGGUUGGUAGUUGUGAUUGGCGCAGUAGAGGGCACAGGUGGUGCAUCUGCCAGUCAACUCAAGUCAGUCAACCCAUGGCACCUGGGUCUGUCCAGUGACCUCCUGCCAGCAGCGAGCCUUCGACACUUCGCGUGGCCUCAAAGUGCACAUAGCUUGGCAUAGUGGUGAACGGCUGUUGGUGGUGGUGGUGGUGAUGAUGAUGAUGCUGAUGAUGGUUGUGUUGGAGAGAGAAGCUUGCUGCGACGGAUGGAGCCGAAUAAAAUGAGAAGAAAAUGUUUUAUGAGAACUUUUCCGACGCACUUUUAUAAUUUAAGGAAUCUUUCGACAGAUGUAUUUAGAGGUUUGUUGAGCUUUUCGUAAUGUGUGAUUUAUGGUACUGAGAGGUUUUGUACAUCUAUAUGUAUUUCUGUAUGUAUACCAAACCUAUGAUAAUGUUGUAAUAUAUUAUAAAACUACAUUAUCGACCAGUGUUCAUGUUCUGUAGGUAAGUCACUGCAUUAUACAGUGUCCAUGCCAUUCAAUCUGUAAUCAGUAAAUAAAGUGUGGGUGAUGAUGGAA